AUGGCUAUCCGAGUACAGAACCAGAGCUCGAAACCUAUCCAACUGCAGAGAGGUGUAAGACAGGGUGACGUUAUAUCCCCGAAACUCUUCACCGCUGCUUUGGAAGACGUUUUCAAGCUACUGGACUGGAAAGGAUACGGUAUUAACAUCAAUGGCGAGUACAUCACUCACCUUCGAUUUGCCGACGAUAUAGUCCUUAUGGCAGAAUCGCUGGAGGACUUAAGCACUAUGCUCAAUGACCUCAAUAGUGCCUCCCAACGGAUAGGUCUUAAGAUGAACAUGGACAAAACAAAGAUUAUGUUUAAUGUCCAUGUCACACCUAUGCCGGUAGUUGUUGGGAGCACUAUGCUCGAAGUUGUUGACGAGUACGUUUACCUGGGACAAAUAGUCCGACUAGGUAAGUCCAACUUCGACCGAGAGGUCAAUCGACGGAUUCAACUCGGCUGGGCAGCGUUCGGGAAAUUACGACAUAUCUUCUCGUCAGGUAUACCUCAAUCUCUGAAAACUAAAGUGUACAACCAGUGCGUGUUGCCAGUGAUGACUUACGGAUCAGAGACGUGGUCCUUCACUGCUGGCCGUAUGAGGACGCUCAAGGUCGCUCAGCGAGCUAUGGAGAGGGCUAUGCUCGGAGUUUCUCUGCGUGAUAGACUCAGAAAUGAGGAUAUCCGCAGUAAAACCAGAUUGACCGACAUAGCCCAACGGAUUAAUUAUGUUCUCAUUUCCGUUCCAUACAAGUACGUACGUGGUUGUAAUCGCAGGAUGGGUGCGGGACAGAUUGGUGGAAUUGCAACACUCUUGGACAUAGAUUUUGAAAAUGCUGCCGGUUUUGUUGGACGCGCCGCAGAUGACUUAGAGGCACAGUAUAUUGUUUAUUAUUUGUCUCACGCCAUGAUGUUUUGUACUGGUGUCAUUAUAGAAGCUCACGUUGUACUCACGCCAGCCAGUUGUGUAUUCGGGGAAAAAUACAAAUUUGAUAUUUAUGCUGGCAGCCACAAGUUUUUAGAGAAUAUAGGAAUUACUAGAAGAGUUGAACAUGUUUGCAUACAUAGAGGAUACAAUCAUACAAUGCGAUGGAAAGACUGUACCACUGACAAUCUCGCAUUGAUGAUACUUAACCAGCAGUUUUCAUUUCAUGCGCCCGAAAAUGGCGCUCAGUACGUUUUAAACAGGAUACGAUACGGAGCUUCGGCACCGCGUGUUGAAAAUCGAAUUAACGAUAAAUCCUGUAGUUUUUACGGAUGGGGUAGCAGAAGAAAUGGGUUUCUAGUCCCAUUAUUGAUUGAUCUUUAUCGUGUGGACGUUACAGUUUUACCCCCCGAGAAUUGCCUUCCAAUAUGGAACCAUAAAAGCAAAUAUCUUUGUAUUCGUCAGCCACAUUGUAAGUCUGCAAGGCAUGGAGCAUUGUGUCCGGAUGACGUGGGAUCUGUAGUAGUUUGCUCCGGUUAUGUUCUCGGUAUGAUGACAUCACGUCUAGUCGACCGCCCCUGUGGAGUGGGAUUCACCGAUUUAACAAAAUACAACAAGUUUCUUAGAUGUGGUGUGGACGGCUCGCGUGACGUUGUUAAUCAAGAAGUGUUUAUGGAGGUUGAUUUCACUACGAAGCCUUUGAUUUCUCUUCAAACUAUCUCUUCUCGAAGCAGUGAUACGAAAACAACUACUGGUUAA